UGAGGCUGUUGUGAGAUGGGGCUCAAGGAGGAGAAAUUCUAGGGGGGAAAGGGGUGGGAAGAAGAGCAAUUUGGAGAGCCCAGCUGGGACGUGGAGCUAUCUCCAUCUUCAGCUUCAGAGUCUCAGUUUAAAGACAAAUGGCACAGCAUGCCCUCCAAGAUCAAGGACAAAGGUCAGGGAGGACCUCCAGGCACCGGAUAAGAAAAUCCAUUGAAGACACAAUGAGACCAAAGGAAAUAGAACUAACAAUCACAGAAACCCUGUGGGACCAUGUGCUAAUGGCUUUUAAGGAUAUACAAAAGGAGCUUCAGGAAGAUGCUCGGACUCGAGGGAUGAGCAACUGCUCCACCACACCCAUAUCAUCUGUAUCCAGGACUGGAAGCGUCAAGCCUCCAGAUUCUGGGAUGACCCCAAAGUUGGGAAGAUCACUGCCAAGCACUGGAGAUCCAGGGGUCCAGGGCCCUAACCUGAGAAGACAGUUCUCUGAUCAAUCACCUUGCUACCCACUUAAGCCUUAACCCUACAACCAAGGAAGAAGACCAUCUUUGCUUCUGCCAGGGUACAGCUUUGGUUGCCUGCAAAACAAAAUUACUAGGCAGACAUCACCACUGAUCCACAAGAAAGAGUGAUACUCAUGGGCAGCGAUACCAGGGUCUAUGUCUCCAACGGGGAACUUGGAAAUCAAGUGAGUCCUACGCAUGUCACAACAGCCAAGCAAAGAAACCAGGGGGGAACAACUGAUAAAAUAAAGGUGGUGCCAAAGAUGUUUUCCCUAUUAGUUCUUACUGGGUAGUGGAAUGGAGUGCUUGGGCACAAGCGUAGUGUUGCAUUUGAUUCUGAGAACAAUACCAUAGAUUAAGAGAUUAAGAGAAGAUCUGGAUUUUGACUUUACCCUAGUUAUUCUGCUUCACAGCGCUCAGUUUCCUCCUCUGUAAAUGAGGCAUAACUGGAAAAUUCUACUAUCGGUUCAUUUCUAAUAUCCUGUGAUCCAGAUGGUCUCACAAUCCAUGAUUCCAACAGAGCUAUUCCCAAGAC